CCUCAGGGGCAGCUUCAAAAGAACAACGCGCUCUCAAAACAAAGGAAGACAGUCCUCCACUGCAGAGGAAGCAGGAAGAGCCGACCCUGCUCGGAGCCCAGCUGCUGGGGCCUGGGGACAGCGCGAUGGAGUCGGUGGCCCUGUACAGCUUCCAGGCCACGGAGAGUGAUGAGCUGGCUUUCAACAAGGGGGACACACUCAAGAUCCUGAACAUGGAAGAUGACCAGAACUGGUACAAGGCUGAGCUCCGAGGCGCCGAGGGCUUUAUUCCCAAGAACUACAUUCGCAUCAAGCCCCACCCGUGGUACUCGGGCAGGAUUUCCCGGCAGCUGGCUGAAGAGAUUCUGAUGAAGCGGAACCACCUGGGAGCCUUCCUGAUCCGGGAGAGUGAGAGCUCCCCAGGGGAGUUCUCAGUGUCCGUGAAUCGCCCCGGGCCUGCUUUGCCCAGGCCCAGUUUGACUUCUCGGCCCAGGACUCCUCACAGCUCAGUUUCCACCACGGUGACAUCAUCGAGGUCCUGGAGCACCUUGACCCCCACUGGUGGCGGGGCCGGUUGGGCGGACGCAUUGGCUUCUUCCCUCGGAGCUACGUACAGCCAGUACAACUGUGACCAGAGUGGGGCCUGGGGGUGGGGGCGGAACCAGAAGACCCUCCAUCCACCAGACACUGAGGUCCAGAGAGAGGACAUGGACGCCCCGUCUCCGGGGUCCCGCAGGGCUCAGCCAAGGGUCUUGGACUGGAGCAACACAAGCCAGGCCCCCGGCUCGGGCUGCUUCACACAAACUGGGCCCAUCCCAAGAACCACGGCGAUGUUCGGUGCCUAGCAGGCAACGGGAGCUCCCGGUGCUUCCUCCUGGCCUCUUCCCAUUGGCUACCAGCUGCGAGGGCUCUGGGGCAGGGCGGCAGAGGCCCCACUCUCUCCAACCAUCAGUGGCCCCAGCCUCAGGGAGAGUUGAAGGUUCCUGGGUUACAUGCAUUUGGGGGCUCUGCCCAAGGAAGCACGGGUGUGGUGGAUGGGUUCCACCUCGGCUGACCAUCUGCUGGGCCGCCUGCCUGCCCCACCCUCAGAUGGCCCCUUGAGGUGUCCUGGCUCCUAGUGGUGAGGGCCAGGCCUGGGAGCUGCACACCUGCUGACCUGGACCAAUGGACUGAUUCCAGGUUGACACCGAUUUCUGGGCUGUCUCACAAAACUUUGGGCUCUGCUUGGGUGUCUAGCACCACCCCCCCCACUCUCCGCCUCACCACAGACACUUUGGAGAGGGGCUGGGAGGCCCAGAGCAGGUGGGCAGUGAUGAGAGAAACAGGAGCUGCUCCCCUCCAGCUGGCCGGACACAGUGGACAAGCUCUGAGGUGCAGGCCCUGGGCACAGCCCCUUGGAAGGACCCUCUACCCUGGCUCUUGUUUGUUCUGCUCAGACUGGGGUGCCGCCCCACCGAGUUUGGGGAAAUUAUAGGCCAGGUGGGCAGUCAGGGCCACGGCUGGACUUGGAGCUCUCACGGAAUGGGACCCUGGCUUGAGGAAAGGCAGGGUGUGCACACAGGAUGGGCAAGCAGCAGCAGGUAGCGAGCAGCACUGGCCUGGGGCCUGGGCACCUUUGGGAGCAGGGAGAGUGAGGGGGGCUCUGAAAGCGCUUUGAAUGCCUGGCUGGUGGUGGAGGGGGCAGUGAGUGGGGAGGCGGGGAGAGGAAGAUGUUGUGGCAGCUGGGAGCAGGUGGGAUGGGGGCUGUAGGUCCCUGGCACCGGGUGGGCCAGAGACCCUGCGAGUCCUGAGCUGCUCCUGACCUGGGCCCGAGUUUUCAAAAUAAAAACAGUAAAAUGAG